GUGGUGGAAGGGUAAUGUGGAGAGUCCUCUGGUUUUUCUGAGGCCUGUGCUCUGAGAGGGGCCAUAGUUUGGGACCCUUUGAACCCUAAUCUCCACCGAAACCCAUUUUCCCGGAAAAUUCGCUCAGAAAAAAAAAGAAAAAAAAAAAGAGGAAAAUGCAGAAUCACAGGUUGAAGCAGCAACAGCAGCAGCAGCAGCAAGCUCUGAUGCAACAAGCUCUUCUUCAACAGCAAUCUCUCUACCACCCUGGCCUCUUAGCUCCUCCCCAGAUUGAACCAAUUCCAAGUGGAAAUCUGCCUCCUGGUUUUGAUCCAAGUACUUGCCGCAGUGUGUAUGUGGGGAAUAUCCAUACACAGGUAACUGAGCCACUUUUACAAGAAGUUUUUGCAGGCACUGGCCCAGUUGAAGGUUGUAAACUUAUUAGAAAGGAGAAGUCAUCCUAUGGAUUCAUUCAUUACUUUGACCGCAGAUCUGCGGCCCUUGCCAUAUUAUCUCUCAAUGGAAGACAUUUAUUUGGGCAGCCUAUCAAAGUUAACUGGGCAUAUGCUAGUGGUCAAAGAGAGGAUACAUCAGGUCACUACAACAUAUUUGUCGGUGAUCUCAGUCCUGAAGUUACUGAUGCUACACUCUUUGCAUGCUUUUCUGUUUACCCCAGUUGUUCAGAUGCAAGGGUUAUGUGGGAUCAAAAGACUGGACGUUCAAGGGGAUUUGGAUUUGUUUCAUUCCGUAAUCAACAGGACGCUCAAAGCGCUAUAAAUGAUUUGACUGGUAAGUGGCUUGGAAGUAGACAAAUACGCUGUAACUGGGCAACAAAAGGUGCUGGUGGUAAUGAAGAGAAGCAAAACUCAGAUGCCAAAAGUGUGGUGGAACUAACAAAUGGCUCCGAAGAUGGUAAAGAGACAUCUAACAGUGAUGCUCCUGAGAACAAUCCUCAGUAUACUACUGUUUAUGUGGGUAACCUUGCUUCAGAGGUAACACAACUUGAUCUCCAUCGCCACUUCCAUGCUCUUGGGGCUGGAGUGAUAGAGGAGGUUCGUGUCCAGCGUGAUAAAGGGUUUGGUUUUGUGAGGUACAGUAGUCACGCCGAAGCAGCUUUGGCUAUUCAGAUGGGAAAUGCACAGUCUCUUCUCUGUGGCAAACAAAUUAAGUGUUCUUGGGGGAGCAAGCCUACUCCACCUGGAACUGCUUCAAAUCCUCUUCCCCCACCUGCUGCUGCAUCUCUGCCAGGUCUCUCUGCGACCGAUCUUUUGGCCUAUGAGCGACAACUGGCAAUGAGCAAGAUGGGUGGUGUCCAUGCCUUGAUGCAUCCUCAAGGGCAACAUCCUCUUAAACAGGCAGCUAUUGGAGCAAGCCAGGCAAUAUAUGAUGGUGGGUUCCAGAAUGUUGCAGCUGCACAGCAAAUGAUGUACUACCAGUAAAACACUGCGGUUCUCUUGAUAUGGUUUAAUGCUAUCUAUAUAUCCUGCCUUGUGCACAUUGAUUCGUGUUAAAACCUUUAGGGAGCUUUCUUUUUUUUCCUUUUUUACUUGACGGUGGUGAGGUAGUUACACCUACCAUAUUAGAUAAUUAUGAUCAAACAUUUGUAUGGGUUUGUAUCAUGUAUGCGGUUUUCUAAUUAGUAGUGAUGAGUGUUUUGUGAUUUUAAGAGGGAAUAUCUGUCCAGACAUUUUUUUUCUCCUUCUCACCCAUUUGGGUGUUACUACGCGAUGGUUGUCAACAUUAUCUUCCUGUCAAGAGGCUGUUAAUAUUUUUAUUAAUAUUUCAAUGCAAAGUCAAAUCUAGUAGUUGUAGGAAGGUGGGUGAUAUUGGUUGAUUGUGGCACUUACAGCCACUUGUCAAUGGCUGUACCAGAUUCCACGUUGAUUUAACAGAAAAUCAGUGGGUCGAUUGGGUGUUUUAUUUAUUCUAUUAAAAUUCGAUUGAUGAGAUGAAGAUGGGACGAGAAGUAAUAUUAUAAAAUCAAUUGUUAGUAUAUCAAAAUUUCAUUUUAUGAGAGAAAGGAUUUAGUUACGCUAACUUUAAAUUGCAAAUAAUUUUUUUUAAUAAUUAUGUUAAUUUAUUAUUUAAUGUAAUAUAAUAUUGGGCAGAUAUUCAAUUGUGGCAGGAAUGAAUAGCAGUAAAGCCAUUAAGAUUGGGUUUGUGAUGAGGGAUUUAAGUAGUUUGUAUGAAUCAUAAGUUUAAAUAUUAAGUUUUAUUUUCACAAUUGUAAGAAGGAAGAAAUCGUGACAAUUGGCAAAAGAAUCUACAGAUAAAUAAUGACAGCGUUUAGUUUAAAAGAAAGGAGAGAAGAUAUUUUAAUAGCUGGGAAAGAAUUAUUAUUAUUAUUAUUAUUGAGCAUGUUUAUCCCAGAAGAACUGAAAAAAAAAGAGGCAAUAAACGACAUUUGACUAACGUCCCAAAUUGACAGCAACUCGUACCUCAUCACUCCAUGAUAUGAAUCUUUUUUUCUAUCUGGAUUUUUUAUAAAUUACUUCAUUCUUCAAAAUUUGAAAGUAAAGCAUAGUAGAAAUGUCGAUGCCAUUAAACACAUGACAGUACACAUUCCUUUACUAACCUGCAACCAAGUACUAAUAUAUUUCACAAUCUUGGAAACAUAUAUAUCCUUUACAAUGUAAAUUGUAAAAGCAUU